CUUUUUCUCUGACAGCAGACUCGAGGUUAAAAAGUAUCACACAAGUUUGGUGUUUGCGUUUGCUUUCCCAAGGUCAAGAAACUGCCUCCUUGGAAGGCAACAAUACUAUGCAUGUUAUGAAUUGUGUCUCCUUGCUCAGUGAUAAAGAAAAUGGGAAUGUUGCCACUGCAGCUGGAUUAAUGAUUGGGCAAACUCCACCACCGGCGGCUCCUCCAGCUCCUGCUCCAUCCCCUCCACCUCCAUCAUGUGUGAUUUCAGGAGAAGGGCUCCUUUCCUCUCCUCCUCCCCCACCACCUCCACUCCCCGGGGGACCUCCUGUCCCCCCUCCCCCUCCGGGGCCUCCCCCACCUUCUCAAAUGAAUGGGUACAGUCACCUUGGGAAGAAGAAGCGGAUGAGAAGCUUUUUUUGGAAGACCAUUCCAGAGGAGCAGGUUCGGGGCAAAACCAACAUCUGGACCUUGGCCUCCCGGCAUGAGCAGCACUAUCAAAUCGAUACGAAGACCAUCGAGGAGCUCUUUGGGCAGCAAGACAACACCGCCAAGUCUUCCGCUUCCGUGUCUAGGAGAGGGGGCCCUCUCAAUUCAUCCUUCAGGGACCCUCGAGAGGAGAUUACUAUCUUGGAUGCAAAACGGAGCAUGAACAUUGGGAUCUUUCUUAAGCAAUUUAAGAAGUCUCCUCAGUCCAUUGUGGAAGAUAUCCAUCAAGGCAAGAGUGAGCACUACGGAGCGGAGACAUUGCGAGAGGUCCUGAAGCUCUUGCCAGAGUCAGAAGAGGUAAAGAAAUUAAAAACAUUUAGUGGAGAUGUGUCCAAGCUGUCGCUGGCAGACUCUUUCAUGCACUGCUUAAUUCAGGUGCCAAACUACUCACUUCGGAUUGAAGCCAUGGUGCUAAAGAAGGAAUUCUUACCUUCCUGUUCUUCCUUAUACACAGAUAUAACGUUUUUAAUAACUGCUAUAAAAGAGUUGAUGUCAUGCGACGGCCUACACUCCGUCUUACACUUGGUGCUCCAGGCUGGGAAUAUCAUGAAUGCAGGAGGAUGUGCUGGCAAUGCCGUGGGCUUUAAACUGUCGUCUUUGCUCAAAUUGGCAGACACAAAAGCGAAUAAGCCUGGGAUGAAUCUUCUGCACUUUGUUGCCCAGGAAGCCCAAAAGAAAGAUGUCACUCUUCUGAACUUUUCAGAGAAAUUGCACCACGUUCAGGAGGCUGCUCGAUUAUCUCUGGAUAGCACGGAGGCAGAGCUGCACUCCCUGUCUGUCAGAACACGAUCGCUCAGGGAAAACAUCCAGCAGGAUGGAGAACUUUGUCAGCAGAUGGAAGAUUUCCUUCAGUUUGCUGUCAACAAGCUGACGGAACUGGAGCACUGGAGGCACGAGCUGCAGGGUGAGGCCCACACCCUCAUCGACUUUUUCUGUGAGGACAAGGGGACCAUGAAGCUGGACGAGUGUCUCCAGAUAUUUAGGGACUUUUGCACCAAGUUCAACAAGGCAGUGAAGGACAACCAGGACCGUGAGCAGCAGGAGCUGAGGCAAGUACAGCGGCUGCGGGAGCUGGAGAGGAAGCGCCGUACCUGGGCAACGGGCGAGCUGGGAGGCUUCGGCCGGAGCAGCAGUGAGAAUGAUGUGGAGUUGCUGACCAAGAAGGGCGCCGAGGACCUGCCUCCUUUCCUGCAGUCCAGACCCAUCAGCCCGUCCUACCGGCCCCCCAACACCCGCCGCUCUCGCCUCUCCCUGGGCACCUCUGCCGACCGCGAGCUGCUCACCUUCCUGGAGAGCACCACGGGCUGUCCCGAGGAGCUGACCCGCUUCAACACCCUGCCCCGGAGCAGCGGCCGGCAGGCCCCACCCAAAGUCCCCUGGGUAGAGCCUGGGGACCGCCACCCCAACCGUGCAUAUGGACCCCAGGCCUCGGAGGAGGCCUUGGAGGAGGCCGGCAGCCUGCCCUCCACGUGGCAGAGCCAGCGCACAGCCUGGCAUUUGCAGGACGCCAGCACUACCUUCCCUCUAGCGCGGCGCGGUGGGGUCAGUGUCCUUCUUAAGAGGAACAGCGAGCCCCUGGGGCUGGGGCCGAACCCAAGCAGGUCACCUCCGCUCUCACCACUGGUUCUAGGGAUUGAGGAGCAUGAGCUGGUGACCGGGCUGGCCCAGUUUAACCUUCAGGUUCCCAAGGGCCCAGAGGAGAUGCCGCAGGCGGCCCUGAAUGGUGGCAGCCCUGGCGGCAGCCCUGGGGAGCUGGCAUCUCUGUGCAACGGGAACCUGCAGGCUCAAGAUGCUGGCGGCUGCAGCUUGAGCCCCAGGAGCAGCGUGUUCCAAGAGGAGUGGAGCUCAGCCCUGGAAGCCGCCGGGUCCAGGGAGCAUCUGGGCCCAGUUCUGGAAGCUGGGGAGGAUGUGGACCCAACCCUGGAAGACUUGCCCUGUGCCCCUGACCCACCCAGCAGUGUGGCUCUGGGGUCUGUGGAGAGCAGUGACUCUGAGAACAAAGAUCUUGUGCCUCAGAUCUACAUCUCAGAUACCACUGACUGCUCCCUGACUCUGGACUGCUCAGAGGGGACCGAUGCCAGGCCUGGGGAUGGGGAGCCAGGGGAGGCUGGGGACCAACAUUCCUCUGUGUCCUCUGGGGCUGGGGAGAUGGCAGGCCACCAGCUCUCCUCCAACCUUGCUUCCAGCCCGGGCGAAGCAGCCCCCACCCCAGCCUCCCGAAAGAGUGAGCCCAGCUGCAAGGGUGGUCUCCCCAGGGACGGGGUCCCCAAAGGUAAAGAUGUGAUGGCACCAAAGAGAAGCUCCCUGAAAGAGGCCUCCCUGGGGGCCGCCAAGCCCAGCAGUGGGCGGCGCGGCCUGGGGGCCCUGCCUAAGCCCGUGCGGACCCUGCAUGCCACCGAGAACGAGAGCAUGCGGAAGGUCGUGCCCAUCUCCAAGUCCACCAGAGGCUCUGGGGGCUGGAAGCGGCCCGAGCUACCCUCGCGGGGCACCCCCAGCAGCACGGACACCCCAGUGCGCCGGAACUCUGUGCGUGGGUCCUUGGACCGGAGAGCUUCCUUGGGCAACGUGGUCGCCGUGCGGGAAGAGCAGAAGCCACCACAGGUGGGCAGCAGUGGCCGCCUGGGGAAGGAGUCCCCCUUGCAGCUGCGGAGCUCUUUCAAGAAGCCCAGCGCCAAGCCCCUCAGAAACAUGACCCCCAGGCAGAAGCUGGAGGAAAACAAGUUCUGUUGCUCCAACUCCCAGGGCACCGAGAGCCCUGAAGAAGAGCCCAAGAUCCCACCGACCCCCAGCUUCCCCAGGACCCCAGCCUCUGUCCCCAGCUUUGCCCGAAAUACAGUGGCCUCUGCAUCGCGUUCCAUGAAAACAGAUGCCCUUCAUGUGCCCAAAGCCCUCGGCCUCACCCGGACGGUCUCACAGCGGCAGCUGAGGGUCAAGGGCGGCCCCGAGGACACCUCGCCCAAGGACAGUGGCAGCCUGAAGCGGGCCAGUAGCGCCCGGGUUGCCAGGAAGGGCCCCGAGUUGCCUGAGGGACCCAUUGCCAACACACAGGCCCCUUUGAAGGGCAGAGGGCAGGGUGAGAUGGCCUCCUUCAGACUGAAAGAGUCAAGCCGAACUACGCUGGGGAAAAUAUGGAAUCCCUUGCGGAAAUGAUGAGCCUCUCCCCUCUCGCCUCCCAGGUCAGAGUGGGAGGGUGGCGGCCAUACUGUAGGCCCUGCUUCCACUAGAACCACCCCGUGGUGCCACCUGCUAGCGAUCUUGUCCCUGAGGUCCUGUCUGCAGCCUGGAGCUGACUCUAACUGGAAGCCCCGGUCUGAUGUGCUCCCUCACUGACGGACCAUCACCACCUCCGACCCCACAGUGGUUUGCUGAUGUGGGUGUGUAUGCAAGGGAGCCCCUGGGCCCCCUGAACAAGGGUCGAAUGACAGACCGGGACUCUAUGACGACCUUGUUAGGCAAUCAGUAAGAAAACACAACAACACUUUUUUGGCCAGUUUUUAUAUAUCGAAGACUUGUUUUUAAUAUGCAAUUAAAUGUUUCACUUGAUUCCUUUU